GGUUUAUAAACGUUUUGCCACAAAACUCAUUAAAAUUGCUGUAAUUUUCGGAAAUUCUAAGCUGAAAACUGUUCCAACAUGUCCUUCAAAGGCAACACGAAGGUCCAAAAGGUGAUGGUCCAACCCAUUAACCUGAUCUUUCGUUAUUUACAAAAUCGUUCCCGCGUUCAAGUGUGGCUGUAUGAAAACAUCAAUCUAAGAAUUGAGGGACACAUUGUGGGUUUCGAUGAAUACAUGAAUCUGGUGCUGGACGAUGCCGAGGAGGUGUGGGUCAAGACCAGAACACGUAAAAACCUAGGACGCAUUAUGCUUAAGGGCGAUAAUAUUACUCUCAUACAAAACGUAAGCCCCUCCAAAGAUUGAGGUUAGAUUUAACUGGAUAUCUAAACAACAAACAGGCAGCCGGAGGACUGGAGUUAACAAAAAAAAAAAACAUGAAAGAGCUGCCGUUGGAGUCUUUUGUAAAAGACUUUUAGUUUAAGUUUUUAUUUAUACUUAACAAAAAUGAUGUCCUUUAUUUCUAUAACUACAUAAAAAUAUAUAAAUAAGAAUUUUUCUUUUAUAGAACAAGAAAAUGCUCAGGUUGCAAAAUAUUUUUUUGGUAUAAAUUUGUGUUUUAUACUUAAGAAAGAAUGAAGUAAAAUCUAACAACAGCAUUUAAGUUUAUGAAUUCCCUUAAUAUGUCUAAAGUAAAUCAUAAAAUGUAAAAUAAAUUUAAUAAAAAUAAAAGGAAUGAAGGAAA